AUGUCUCCUUCGGACGCAACGGUCGCGAGCGACAGGCCGUACCAUGCGAAGCGACCGCAUAAGAAAUCCAGAGCCGGGUGUAAGAACUGCAAAGCCCGCAAAGUCAAAUGCGACGAGGCCCGCCCGAUAUGUCGCUCCUGCAAUCUACGCAAGAACGAAUGCGUGUAUCCAGGGCCUGCCAACCCAACAGAUUCAAGCAAGCCCAGAUCCGCACCAGACCGUGUCGACAAUGCCCCUACUCGCAGCGAAUCGCCCACUAGUGCUUUUGAGGAAUGUUGCAACGGCCAUAGCUACGUGUCGGCCCACAGCAACGCCCUCCUCUGCGCGUCUACCGCACCACACGUCACCGACGCAUGCCCGCUAGAAUUGAAGAACGAUCUACAACUGCUGCGCGAACCCUUGUUUCGACCGGCCAUCGCACGCGAUGAUUUCGAAAUGCGACUGCUGUGGUUCUACACCACAGCCACCUGUUCUUCCUUCAGCUUCGAAUACGCCGCAGAACGUCCCGUGGAGACGAUUAUGCGAACGCGAAUCGUAUAUCACGCCUUCCAGACACCCUUCCUCAUGCAGUCGCUGCUCGCGCUUGCGGCACUACAUCUGCAAAAUUUGAACCAGGAGAUUGACCCCAAGCGAGCUCUCGCCUAUCGUGCUACGUCGUUUGAGGGAUACCGCAAGGCGGUCGAGGAAGCGGAUCCCGAAACCUUCCCAGCCAUGAUCAUCAACUCCCUCCUUCUCACUGCAUUGUCAUCACAGGCUUUCCGCGACGCCGAUGGGAAGGAUUUGUACAUUGUGGACUGGAUGAUUGUCUGGAGAGGUAUUGGUCUGAUCAUCCAGACCAUGGGAUUCGAGCGGUUCUUGUCGUCGGGCCUUAAGUCACUCUUCUACCGCCCACCCAUGGACCUUGACGACACAGCAAAGCACAUACCCAAUAUUCUUUUGUACAUGAUAACUUCAAUUCCCGAGAGCGACCCGGAUUUUCAAGAGACUCAGACCUAUUACGAUACCCUCAAGUAUUUGGGCGCGCUCUACCAAAGCCUGCAUGAUGGAGGUUUCGGGCCCCUCAUGGCAUUGAGAAUCAUCACUUGGUUCACGUUCAUCCCACACGGCUUUGUUGAGCUAGGCCGUCAACGGCGACCCCGGGCAUUGGUCAUCAUCGCGUACUACGCCGCUUUCGUGAAGCUCGCCAACUCGGUCUGGUGGAUCAGGGGUAUCGGCCAACGGACGCUCCGCGAUAUCUGCCGUCACCUCGGCCCGGAGUGGUCCUGCUUUCUGAAUAGCCUGAAUGGCUCACCGCGGACAAGCCUACGGCGGAAGAUCCUCUGGCUGCCGCCGUACACGGACACCCUACUUGGACCGGUUUCUUAG